AUGCGCGGCGUGAGCGCGUCCAAGGAGGACGUGCACGCGGCGAUAAAGAAGGUGGACAAGGGAUUGUUCCCGAAGGCGUUCUGUAAGAUCGUGGAGGACAUCGCUGGGGACGAGGCGUACUGCACGUGCAUGCACGCGGACGGCGCGGGGACGAAGACGAGCCUGGCGUACGCGUACUGGAGAGAGACGGGAGAUUUGGGAGUGUGGCGAGGAAUCGCGCAGGAUUCGAUCGUGAUGAACACGGAUGAUUUGUUGUGCGUCGGGUGCGUGGAUAACAUAUUCGUCUCGAGCACGAUCGGGAGGAAUAAGGCUUUGAUUCCGGGGGAGGUGCUGAGCGCGCUCAUCAACGGGACGGAGGAGGUUUUGGAGACUUUGCGCGAGUGUGGGGUCGGGGUGAAGUCCACGGGAGGUGAAACCGCGGAUUUGGGUGAUUUAGUGCGCACGGUGGUGGUGGACACCACGGUCACGGCGCGCAUGCGAAGAGACGCGGUGGUGAGUAACGACAACAUUCGCGCCGGAGACGUCGUCGUCGGUUUGGCGUCGUUCGGUCAAGCGACGUACGAGAGCGAGUACAACGGCGGAAUGGGAAGCAACGGAUUGACGUCUGCUCGACACGACGUGUUUGCGAAGAAUUUGGCGGAAAAAUAUCCGGAAACGUUCGAUCCGAACGUACCCGAAUCGUUGGUGUACAGCGGCAAGUAUCAGCUCACCGACGUCGAGCCGGAAACCGGCGUGACGGUUGGCAAGUUGGUGCUCAGUCCGACGCGAACGUACGCCCCCGUGGUGAAAGCCGUGCUCGAUGCCAUGGACGUGAGGGAUAUUCACGGCAUGGUGCACUGCAGCGGCGGCGCGCAGUCCAAGGUUGGACACUUUCUCCUCGACGGCUUGCGCGUCGUCAAGGAUAACAUGUUCCCCAUUCCCCCGCUCUUCCGCUUGAUCCAGGAGUGCUCCAACACCGAAUGGAGCGAGAUGUACAAAGUGUUCAACUGCGGACAUCGUCUCGAGUUUUACUGCUCCCCCGAACACGCGCAAAAGAUUAUCGAUAUUAGCCAGAGCUUUAACAUCGACGCCCGCGUCGUCGGCAGAGUCGAAGCCAAGGAUGGCAAGUCUGAAGUCGUGGUGAAGAGUGAAUACGGUGAGUUUACGUAUUAA